CGCAAUCAUGUCGAUUUCGGGGUGUCAAAUACGAGUGUGGACUGAGCAUUAGCUGUGUAGUUGGGGGCGGACGCCCCUUAGAUCUUUGCUCUGGAGGGAUGAUAUGGGCGUGCUGUGUUGAUAGAGACGUCGAAGAACAGCCACAAACUACGAACCACCAUCAGUCUGAUAUAGGUGUCCUGAAUAAUGCCAUGAACUAUUAUUCCCCGAUGGAGUCUGACUAUCCGGAUGGUAAUAAUGUGGACAGGCCCCCCUUUAGGCCCUUCUACGAGGACAGUAUGGUUCGACCAUCCACAGGGAUCGACCACUAUGAGAGGCCAUUUUAUGACCAACGACCCAACGUCAAGGGUUGCGGCGAGUUAUAUACAAGGAGCAACAGGAUAGUGGGUGGACACACUACGGGUUUCGGAUCUCAUCCUUGGCAAGUGGCCCUCAUUAAAACUGGGUUCUUGUCGAAAAAACUGGCCUGUGGGGGUGCUCUGCUGAACGAGAGGUGGAUCAUCACUGCUGCCCACUGCGUUGCUAGCACAACGAACGGAAACAUCCGCGUCCGACUGGGGGAGUGGGACGUCCGGGCCCAGGACGAGAAAUUGGCUCACGAGGAAUACACGGUGGAGCGGAAGGAAGUGCACCCCGCCUAUUCUCCGUCCGACUUCAAAAACGACGUGGCCCUGGUCAAAUUGGAUCGCAACGUCCGAUUCAAGCAGCACAUCAUACCGGUGUGUUUGCCUUCGCCUACGGUCAAAUUAGCAGGAAAAAUGGCAACAGUGGCUGGAUGGGGAAGAACGAGGCAUGGACAAGCUACAGUUCCAUCGACAUUGCAAGAAGUUGACGUGGAAGUCAUACCGAAUGACAGAUGCCAGCGGUGGUUCAAAGCCGCAGGGAGGCGGGAAAUUAUUCAUGAUGUCUUCCUUUGUGCUGGCUACAAGGAGGGCGGACGAGAUUCCUGUCAAGGAGAUUCUGGUGGACCACUUACCUUGAAUAUAGAUGGAAGAAGAACCCUGAUAGGCUUGGUAUCCUGGGGAAUAGGAUGCGGUCGAGAACAUUUGCCAGGAGUGUACACAAACAUACAGAAGUUCAUACCCUGGAUAGACAAGAUUCUGAGUUGAGAGGAACUCUUACCCCAUUUCAAGUGCCAAUGUGAUCUUCCUUCAGUGAGAUAGCUGGAAUGCGAACAUUUUAUAUGAGUGCUCAUACAUCGACAAGAAAGUGAAAAAAUUGUUGAACGACGAUGAGCAAUAUUUAUUCUUAUUUAUAAGUUCAAGGAACAUGAAAUCUCUACUUUCAUUGUGUACAUCAUAUUUUCGAUGAAAAUAA